AUGAUGACGAGUAUGCCUGGCGGACCUGGUUUUCACCCAGGCAUGGCUCAGGUUGCUCACCCCGGCCAUCCCAUGGCCCCCGGUAUGGCUCACAACCCGAGCCAGCCAGGAGCCCAGCCGGGCAUGCCUCCGCAGAUGGCCGGCCACAUGGUGUCUGCGCCCGGCGGGCAGCCCAACCCCGCCGCCUUCAUGGCCGGCGGCAUGCAUCCCGGAGGCCCUCACGCCCAGGCCAUGCAGCAUCUCAACCCCCAGAUGUUCCAGCAGCAGCAGCAACACGCCCAGAUGCAAGCUAUGGCAGCUAGCAAUCCCGCCGUAGCUGCGCAGAUCCGGCAGCAGCAGAUGUUGGCUGCCCAGCAGAGGCAGCAACAGAUAAUGGCCCAGGGCAUGUAUGGCAACAUGGCCAACGGCAUGCAGAUGGGCCAACCCAUGGGCCAGAUGCCUCAGCUGACGGCUCAGCAAUUUGCCGCCAUGAGGAACGGCAUGAACGCCAUGCAGCGCGUGAAUCUACCUCCUCACCUCCAGCAGCAGGCGCAGCUAGCGCAACAGGGACAACACCCUCAGAACCAUGCCCACCAGCAGGCUAUGAUGCAGCAGCUCAUACAGCAGCAGCAGCAGCAACAGCAGCAACACCAAAUGCAGCAUGGGAACCAGCCCGGACAUCCGCAGAUGAAUCCUCAGCAGCAGCACAUGAUGCACUCCAAUGCCCAGGUUAUGGCCGCCAUGGCUCAGCAGCAACAAGCUCAGCAGGCAGCAAAUCAGCAGCAGCAACAGCAGCAGCAGCAACAGCAGCAGCAGCAGCAGCAGCAGCAACAGGCCCAGCAACAGCAGCAGCAGCAGCAACAUGCUCAGCAACAACAAGCUCAGCAGCAGCAACAGCAACAACAACAACAACAACAAGCUCAGCAGCAGCAGCAACAACAGCAACAAGCUGCUGCAGCACAGCAGAGCCAACCGCAGCCUCAGGGGCAGCCAGCACCUCAACCUCCACCACAAGGUGCUCCACAACCGCAACCCACAACACAACCACCACAACAGACUCCUACGCCAGCCGGAGGUCAACCGAGCCAGCCACCCGCCCAGCAGCCUAAUCCUGCCCAGCCGAAUCAACCGGCAGCGCAAGGCCAGGCGCAGCCCGGACAGCAGCCAAACCCGCAGCAAGCUCAGCAACCCCAACAGCCCAGUAAUCUGCAGCUGCUGCAGGCCGCCCAGAUGAAGAAUAUCCAGCAGCAGAUGCAACAACAGCAGAUGCAGAAGGCUGAGGGCAACUUGAAGGGUCAAUGUAUACUGAAGCUCGUGUCGUUCGGCGAGCAUUUGAGUGGCUUUUCGAACGCCAACGGAGAGGACGACAUGCAGUGGCAAUUCUUCGUGAACCAGUUCUUUUCACCGGCCGGGUCUUUCCGCUUCGGUCUGGUUGACUCGACGACCCCGCACGAGCCGGUGGACAAAGCCUACGAGAUUGCAGCUUCGGCUUUGCCACGAUACUUCCAACAACAUUUCAAGGGCGGAGUCACGCGUAUGCAGCUGCUCCUUGGUCAUGGCAUCGUUGACAAAUCUCUGCCUGACGGUUCUCAUUUCAUCGAGGACCACAAGUCCAGCAUUAUAUAUUCGUUUGGCGACACGACUCGCGUGAUUAACAACGGCCGCCUUCAGGCUAUCUUCGAUCCCAAUCAGAAACUCACCAUGCUGGAGUUCAUGACUAUGUCUCAGGACGAGUUUAUUUCCCGAUCGAUGGUUAUCAACGCCGCCCUCCCCAACCACAACUGGGUAAAGGAAUGGACCAAGCUCAACGGUGACCCGAAGCAGUCCCCCGAAAUGAGUAAAAAGGGUAAAACGAAGCAAUUUAAGUCACCCCCGACAGCUCCCCCCGAGAUCGACAUCCCCCACUCCGCCGUCAAGACAAAUAUGGGAGUCCCACAAUCCGUGUUCGGUUUCCUCGAGAUGGUCGAGGUCAUGAACCUCCUUCAGCCUCUCAUGGGCUACUCACUUCAGAACCCGCAAUAUUCGCCAUACCAGGCUCUCGAUCAAUACGUCAACCAGAAUAUCACAAACGGCGGGCCGCAGCCCGCCAUCAAUGGUCAGCAGCCGGGCAGCAUGGGAGGUAACCCACGAACACCAAGCUUCAGCCAGUUCCCACUGGGUGCUUCACCAGCGGCUGCGCACCACCAACUACCAGGGUCGCCUCACAUGGGAAGCCCUGCACCUGGUCAUAUGCAGGCGCCCGGUAUGGCCCUUCAACAAAGCCAGCAGGGCACAAGCUCGAGCGGUCCUAGUGCGAACACCAGUCCUGCCAGCAACAAGCGUCGAAGACCAUCAGGCGUCAAGACUGAGGACGAGAGCAAUGCUGGGACUCCCGCUAGCAUGGCCGGGGGUCAACAGGUCAAUGGUAUUGGGAAAGGCAAGCCAUCGACUCCCCGUAUGCAGAAACGCGUCAAAACCGGCGCGUAA